GUCGUGGCUCCUCCCCGCCGAGCGGGUCCGCGCGCGCCUCCGCCUCCGCCUCCGCCUCCGCCUCCGCCUCCGCCUCCCCGGGGUGGGGGCAGCUCCGCCCGGAAGCGGCCGGCGUUCCGGAGAGUUGGCGCGCGCUUAGUUAAGAGAGGAGGCGGCUUCUAACGCGGCGUUUCUGUUUCCUUACGGCCGAGCCCCGCGGGCCGGUAUGGCGCAUGCUUUCACCCCGUUGGAGCCCCUGCUUCCUACCGGGAAGUUGAAAUACUGCCUUGUCGUUCUAAAUCAGCCUCUGGACAAAUGUGUUCGCCAUCUUUGGAGCAAAGCUCUUUUAAGAGCCUGUGCUGAUGGAGGUGCCAACCGCUUAUAUGAUACCAUGGAAGGAGAGAGGGAAAGCUUUUUGCCUGAAUUCAUCAGUGGAGACUUUGAUUCUAUUAGGCCUGAAGUUAAAGAAUAUUAUGCCGUUAAGGGAUGUGAGAUUAUUUCAACGCCUGACCAAGACCAUACUGACUUUACCAAGUGCCUCGAAUUGCUCCAAAAAAAAAUAGAAGAAAAAGACCUACAGGUAGACGUAAUUGUGACCUUGGGAGGUCUUGCCGGGCGUUUUGACCAGAUUAUGGCAUCUGUGAGCACUCUGUUCCAAGCUACAUGCAUCACUCCUGUGCCAAUUAUAAUAAUCCAAGAGGAAUCUCUCAUCUACCUUCUUCAGCCAGGGAAGCACAAAAUGCAUGUAGACACUGGAAUGGAAGGUGAUUGGUGUGGCCUUAUUCCCGUUGGACAGUCUUGUAAUCAUGUUACGACAACAGGCCUAAAGUGGAACCUCACAAAUAACGUGCUUGGUUUUGGAACACUGGUCAGUACUUCCAAUACCUAUGAUGGAUCUGGUGUCGUGACCGUGGAAACGGACCAUCCGCUGCUCUGGACCAUGGCCAUCAAAAACUAACCCAGCAGCUGGCAUCCACAGCCAUGCCUCUGACUUACCUCAUUUGCCGCUGACUUACUGCUCGAGAAGAGUUCACCUUGGUUUACAGAAAUUUACACCUCUCCAUGGAAGCCCACUAGUUUUAAAGAUGUUAAUGUUUUGAUAAUUGAGGUAACACAGAUGACAGAUCUCAGUUUUACAGUGAAGGAGAAAACCCACUAUUUGUUAAGAAAGUAAAUAAGGUCUAUUAUAUUCACUUGGAAAACUAAUGUGGCUCAUUGCGCUAUAAAAUUAGGUAUCGAUUGCUGUUAUUGUUAUCAUUCCAUUUAUCCUAGAGAAUUGCUUUUAAUUUGGAAGCUGAGAAAGUUCUCUGUUGAGGGUCCUUGGUGUCCAACACUUAAGCCUUCUCCUGCCCAUCCUUGAAUCCUUAUGCUGAAGGCUACUUCUGAGUGUCUAUUAUGCUAGAGUUCUCUGUAUAAUACAGAGGACUCUCAGAUUGGGUGGUUACAAGCGCACCAUUUCUCCCUGGCCUCAUCACUGUCUUGAUGCCUCACCUACAUCACCUCUAGGUAAACUACAGGUGAAGAAAUGCCAUGAAGGGUAAGUGAGGCCUCCCAGAGCCUGCUGGCACAGUCACCCCAAGCCCAGCUGUGCAGUGAGCGCUCUGGGCUUCAGUGGGGUGACAGAUGGAAACUGCCCUCGUCGUAAUUACAACCAAGACUGAAAAUGCUGCGCAGAGGAAACUUACGCAUGAAAACGGAAUUGCUUCUGACACUCCUCAGACUGAAAGAGCAGUGGUUCACAGAUCCCGAGUUUACACCAAGUACUAAGCAUCUGGGUCUGAAAACAUGAGUGCCCGCCCGUCCAUCCAUCCACCCAAGCUCCCGACACCUUUCCUUAGACCCUGGGAGGGGCUGGCUGGGUGGUGCCUGAACUUCCUUCCCACCCUCGGAUUCUAGACCCUGACACCUGGCUGGCAGUGCAUGCGCAGGGUCACCAGCUCCGCAGCUCCAAACACCUGGGGCACUGAAAUGCACUCGCAUUUCUUUUAUAAUGAGACCCUCUUCCCUCUUCUUACCCUUUUCUAUCCUAUUUACCAAACCAAAUGUUGCCGUACAAACCAUGACAUAAGGAGAACCCACCCAUGAUCCUCCAUGUACACACAUCCCCAUUUUGCUCUCAAGGACCAGCAGCCCUUUCCUUCCUUCUGUUAUGACAAAGCAAGAGUUGGACUUCAAGUGGAGAAUGAAAGGGGGAUCAGUUGAGCUAGCAUGCAGUUGUUCACCGUGAGAGGUCAGUUUUCACUAGUAUGCAAAUAAAGGGAUUGAAGUCCGAUGUCAAAUAAAAAUACUGAGUUACCAACA